UCGUCCCAUCGUCCACGAGAUCUUGGCUCUUUCUCCUUUUUUCUUUUUCCUUUUCUUUGAACUCGUCUCCCUCCGCCAGCCUUCUACAACAAAGUCCGCAACCGGCACACCUUCUCGGCCUCUGCAGUCCUGAGGUGGUAUACGAUCCGUGACGAUGACGAUGACGCACUGUUGAAGCCGCCCUCCACUCGAUCUCGGACUUCCGGUGGCCCGCCCCCGGCUCUGAAGCCGACUCCUGCGCCUCCCACUCUCCGGCCGCCGCCUCGGCGCCCUUUGGACAGCAUCCCGCGGGCCAUGUACCCACCCGGCGACGGCGAGGAAUUCGUGCUAAGAACGCAAAGGGCGAGCGCAAAGGUGCAACAGAUCACAGGCUCCCACUCCAGUCCGAAAGGGUCCGACAUGGAGCAUGCCCCAGUGAUUCAUAGGCCGACGGCCUUACCGGAUGGGCCGUUGCCCGGCCCGGAGCGCCCUGGCGGAUACAACAAACCUCGGCGGCUGUCCAAUGGCAGUACCAGCUCAGCCACCAGCAGUAUGGUGUCCGGCAGCGACGGCUUUGACCGACGGAUACGCACCGCUUCCGUCAGCAGCAGUCAGACCAGCAUCGACUCAUGGCCGACCAGCCCGGCCGCCUCGCCUGUUACGUGGGCGACGCAGAACGGCUCGCCGGGCCAGAACUAUCCAUGGCAUAAACCAGCACCCAUCAAGACAUACCGCAGGAAGACCCAACCAGGGGAGCUCUUUGCCGCGUUGCCGGGCGAGGUGCUGGGGUUGAUACUGGAGGAGCUGCGCAAGCUGCACUUGCAGCCAGGGAGUAGUAGCUGUGCGACAUGUUGGAUGCGAGAUUGCUGCUCCGUGGCCGUCAGUGCCCGCAAAUUCCUCAAGUAUGCACGCGAGGCUCUGUAUCAGCACAUCCACCUGGUUGGACACGAGGCGCCGAAUAUGAAGAAGCGGACGAAGACGACAUAUGGUUCGAGAUUGGUCCUGUUGCGACGAACACUGAGGGCGAAUCCACAGAUUGCGGCUCUGGUGCGGUCACUGAAGCCACCGGCGCGGCCCCUUUCGGUCCGGGUAGUGGCAUACAACGAUCUGCUCGCCUCGGUUGUGAUGGCAUGUCCCAACCUCGAACAACUGGUCGGAUAUUAUCCGACCUAUGACCACUCAUUCCAACGGUUAUUUCACGCGCUAUCGACACGGGCCAAAUUGAAGGACAUGAAUUGGAUACUGGAACCCUCGUCGCUUCAACGGCAGCAGAGGACACGCUCUCCUGCCCACAACGAUCGCUGGGGCCCAGGGGAUCUACAACCACAAGAGUCACAGCUGUUUCUGGGGUUUCACGCGAAUUGGAAACAGCUCACAACACUUGUUGUUCACUGUCAACCGGGGGCAUCGCUGAGUCCUGCCAACCUGCUAGAGUGCACAAUCCGGUCUCUGCCUUCGCUGCGGAACCUUUAUCUUUCGAAAGUGCCUCCCGCCGCAUUUAACGAUACCAACCUCCUCGCCUUGCCGGCGCUCAAGAAGUUAUCUCUAAGCCAUUGCGCCGGUAUCACGACAGCCGGCCUUUCUUCGUUGGCGACGCGGCCAGCCAGCGCCUCGAUCCAAACGCUCACCCUCAUACACAUGAAUGUCGAAUCCCUCCCCGCUAUUGCCAGGAUAUUAUCCUACCUCACCGCCCUCGAAACCUUCAACAUCGUCCAAACCUACGCUCCCGAAAUGCCGCCCGACGAGUUCAUGAUGCUCUUCCCCUACCUGGCUUCCCAAACCUUGCGCAGACUCCACUGGGACAUUCCCUACCUUCCGACCACCGCCACAACGGCAGACGGCAUCCUCGCCAGAAGCAUCAGCGCAGGAGGUUUCCCGUCCCUCCGCACCCUCUGCACGCCCAACGACCCCGAAGGCCUCUUCCAGUCCCUCUGCGCCCCGCGAGAACGCGUCGACCACCCAACGGAUCGCUACCGCGGCGGCAAGGCCCACCUCUCGUACUCUUCCAACCCGGUUGCGGUUGUGGGCGGGUGGCAAGGCCUCGGCCACACGCGAAACAAUUCGAGCUUCUCCUCGUCCCGGCCCGGCAGCAGCUUCAGCCUCAACAAGCAGAGCAGCAGCAGCGGCACGCCGCCCGCCAGCCCGCUGUUUCCGCCCCCGGACGCCCUGAUCCCCCGCGACAACAGCAACCUCCACCAGGCGCGGCUCGCGGCGCAAGCGCGCCUGGAAGCGGCGCAGCGGAUCCCGCGGUACUUUGUGCACGUCGUGGACGAGACGGGCACCGUGGUGGAGAAGCACGGCGUCGGCGCCUUCAUGGGCACCGUGGAGAGCCAGAUACGCUAUGUCCUCUCCCCGGAAGCCGCGACGGGCGGGACGGACGAAGGGGGCGGGCUGGUGAGCGUGGAGGAUAUGCUGCGGGACGACGGCGGGGAGAUGCUGGGUCUGGGCGCGGAAGGGUUCGCCGAGAAGGAAGCGGGCAAGAAGCAGAAGAAAGGGAGGGCGUCGGAAAGGGAGGAGAGCGAUCAUGAAGGUGGGAAGGGCAAUAAUAAUAACGGAAUGAUGGUGGAGAGGAGGGAGGGGUGUACGGGAAGGUGGAAUACCUUCAGCGGCAAUGUGGUGGACAAAAAGGACCGGGAACGGUGGUGGCAUCAGGAACGCGGUCGGUGGAGAGGCGUGGUGCUCUCGUGAUGUCGUGAUGGAGAAGAAAGGGACUUUCUGGAUAUAGUAUAUUGCAUGAAGUUAUGACAUGGGCAGAUCUGUUUGGAUGUAUGUACUUGUACCAUAUGAAAGGUAUAUAAUAGUAAUCAGGGCUGACCACGGCCUCUUGCCUUCCAAGUUCGGCCCGGUAGCAUGAGGCUGACUUGUCCUCGAGACCAAGACCAAGGCAAAUUCACUCUUGUUGAGCUCUGAUGUCUCACGGUGGAACUCGGAGCCCGGGGGUGGUACCGGUUGAGAGCUUCUCUCCAGGAAGUUGUCUAAGGUGCUGUGUA